AUGAUUGUUGACCCCAAAAAGAGAAGAAAAUUCUCGACAACGGUCAACCAUUCGACCGAAGAGCCUUCGGAGGCAAAAAUUGAGACGCCAGCAGGGACCUCAAAACCAGCUUCUGGGUCGAGUCUUCUGCAUCACGACGAGCCAGAAGUUCAGCACAAGACAUCAUUAUCCUUCCAACCACAGAUCAUAGUACCUCGAUUUCGUGAAAUAAUUACCACUCUUGUUGAAAAAUUAUCGAAAGACCAUUGGAAGGACCAGCGGUUCUCUAAAUACUCGCAACUCAUUGCUAUUCAUGGCGGCAUUGAAGCAGUGGUGCAAUCCGCCAUGGAGAGCAUUGCUCCAGAGAUACUGGGUCUCCAAGAUCAAGAAAUUUCCUUGCCAAUGCUUGAUGAUAUCAGAGAAAAGCAAGGGCCAUUUGAACAGUGGCAACAACAAAGUGGGUAUUGCGAUUAUGUCACAGACAAUAACAAGCCGGGAUUCUGGCGCUCAUACGUCGGUCAGAGUGAAGAACCGGGCAUUAGGCUCCAUCAACACCUAGCGGCAGUCAGGAGGAAGAAGCAGGAUACAUUGCACUAUUAUUUCAUUCUUAUGGGCAAUGGCUGCCGGCACUCAAACUUCAUUCGUCUGUGGAGCCUGCCUCCGCAACUGCUUGCGGAUCGAAACGCACGUAUUGCAGUCAGCAUGCUAAGUAAUAUCUUAGAAAUGGUGAUGUGCUACGCUUUCCAAACCCUGCCACAAGCUGUCAUAAACACAUUCUUUGACGACAAUAGCACUUGCACUCUUGGGUUGAAUGUCCUGCCCCCUCUCUUCCAAGAUUUCUUCAUAAGUGGAGAGGAACGCGGUUUAUAUGUCAAUCAUUGUUCUGCAUCACAGGAUCCUCAUAUCAAUAGUUUUCCAAUUGUCAGAGAACAAAUGAGACAAUCGAACCGGACUCGAGCUACAGAGCAUCAACAAAAGCAAGAAGCAAACCUUCGGAUCUGGUCAGGGGAUGAUCACCGCUCGGCCCUGCUCAAAGCGCUAUCAACGACUGCGAUGUCAACCCAGUCAGUUGACUUGGAUACAAACACCGGUAUUGUGACAGAUGUCGAUAUCAAAGUUUUGCUUGAUAAUAUCAAAGCUUCUUUGGGUUUAUCAAGCGAGUGUCCUCCAUUGGUCGCGCCAUUUGGCGACCCGAAUAAGACACGGAUAGGAGUGGUAUUGGACCGUUGUGUUGUCGACAAGCCCACGGAUAGUGCGAACAUAAAUAAUAACAUAUGUGCUGUUCCAGACACAUUUAUUCAAUGCUAUUUGACGGCUGAUAAGGCAUCCAUUUGGACCGCCGACCUACAGCAAUGUUUCUCGCCGCGAUUCAUCUCAACCCGUGACUCAUGGCCAGACACUUAUCGCAUUGCGCUUGCACAAUUCCAUACGACCUUUAUCCAAAGUUCAAAUAUGAGAGUGAUCAUGCUCUGCGGCGAGAAUGCGAAAAAUGUAUGCUUGAAUCCGGAAACCAGAGGAAACAAAAUCACGAUCCAGCUUCAGUACAGUGAACUUGAGGCAUAUGUUGAGUCUGAAGUAAUCAACAACUCACUGACGGUCAAGAGGCUCUACAUAUGCAUCGAUUACAUACAUGACGGGUGGCGUUACGGAGAUUUGAAUUCGCUCAGGGAGUGGUCGGACGUUUUGGCAUUCAUAACGAGCAUUACCAAGACGACAAAUGUUCGCAACCAUGCUCUCAUGUGCCAUCAGGUCAGCCGUCUCAUUAUUCUGCGUCACCACGCUGAGAGGAGCGGGACUAUCGAGCCGAUGACGAUAUCCGACCUUGAUGUCAAGAUAAGGACGUGGCUGGCUCUAAAAGGUCUCAAGUCAGAUGACCAAAUUUUGCGGUGGGAGAAGUUAGCGGGCUCAUUAUCGAAAGGACUAUUUUUGCUCCUUUGCACACUUCCAAGAAAGCCAACCGAGAAGAUCAGGACGGCAAGGCCUAAGCUUGUAGGCGGACCCGACAAUUAUGCGCCUCUUUUCUCGAAGGACAUCAUUACUGAAAGCAAAAGACUGUACACACUUAUCACUGGAAUUAAGUAUACCAGUCGUACUCCGAAAGAUUCAGCACAGGAUACUCUUGACACAAGGCGACUCUCCCAAGAUAGCAUUCGGAAAAAUUAUCCAACGUCCACUCAGACUUCAAUUCCUAGCGAAGUGGAUAUAUUCGGUGAUUCAAACAAUAGACAAGACAGUACCGCUGCUCCCAAGCGAACCAAGAACUCAGGACGGCAGGCUUCGGUGGCAGGUGAUACAUUUGAGGAGGCCUUAGCCUCAAAUAAAUACCCCCCAGGAACAGUUGUUGAUGAUCCACUAGUCUUCGAGGAAUUCGAGAGCUUAAUUGGUGGUGAUGACGAGACCGAGGAUCUGACAGUUGAAGAGCUAUCUGAGGUACUGAAAUGCACUGAAGUGCAGCAGCACCUUUUUGACAAGAACAGAGAGCCUCUUCUGGCCGAAGUUAUACCGAUCACGAAACAGGAAACCGAAAGAGUCACUAAGCAAUCCUACAAUAACCGGAAAAGUACCAAGCUCAUCCGCAAAGAACUACUUGGAGAUGGCCACUGGUACGCUGGUUAUGAAAAGCGGAAAAAUCUUUAUCGCAUUGACCACUGGACGUGCCUUGUAUUGUCCUUCGAACAGCAGGAUGUGAACCAAACCGAAGGCUUCGUUGUCCAAGCGGAAUUCAGUCCACCAGGAAUUCGACACCCGAAGAUUUUUGCUAAGACAGCUCGAGAUUCUGAUCCGGCUUCACGUUUAGCAAUAAAGGUCACGGGAAAGCUGAACAGUGGUCAAAGCUUCGAGAGGUAUCUGGUACAAGGACCAAAGUAUUGGAAAGCACCAUACGUCUGCAAUACGUUUUGUGAUUGGUUGUGGGGAAUGUCUUUGGAGCAGAUCAUAACAGCUAAUGAGCCUCGGCGGUUUGUGUUUACUUAUAGCAAGGAUCCAGUGUUGAAAAGGUUCCGUUCGCCAGGAGACUUUACAGAUAACAGUCUCACGGAGAGAGAACGACUCAAGUGGGCCAAGAACAGUCAGGCAGAGGGUGAUGAAUAG